AUGGCUUCUGAGACCACAAAUGGCGCCAACGGCCAUGCCUCAUAUGCCGAGAAGCAUAGCAUUGCUCCUCACUUUAUUGGCGGCAAUAGCCUAGAAAAUGCCGCUGCGAGCAAGGUCAGGGACUUUGUGGCCCAGCACGACGGUCACACUGUCAUCACAAACGUUCUGAUUGCCAACAACGGCAUCGCUGCCGUCAAGGAGAUUCGUUCCGUACGAAAAUGGGCCUACGAAACGUUUGGCGACGAGCGCGCCAUACACUUCACCGUCAUGGCCACCCCCGAGGAUCUACAAGCCAACGCCGACUACAUCCGCAUGGCCGACCACUAUGUUGAGGUCCCCGGUGGCACAAACAAUCACAAUUACGCCAACGUUGAGCUCAUUGUCGACAUUGCCGAGCGCAUGAAUGUUCACGCCGUCUGGGCUGGAUGGGGCCAUGCUUCCGAGAACCCCAAGCUUCCCGAGUCUCUCGCCGCCUCUCCCAAGAAAAUCGUCUUCAUCGGACCCCCUGGCUCCGCCAUGCGCUCGCUAGGUGACAAGAUUUCUUCCACAAUCGUUGCCCAGCACGCCAAGGUUCCCUGUAUUCCCUGGUCCGGUACCGGCGUCGACCAGGUUGAGGUCGACAAAAAGGGGAUCGUCACCGUCACCGACGACGUCUACUCCAAGGGCUGCGUCACCUCGUGGCAGGAGGGUUUGCAAAAGGCAAAGGAGAUUGGCUUCCCCAUCAUGGUCAAGGCCUCCGAGGGUGGUGGUGGCAAAGGUAUUCGCAAGGUCACCAACGAGGAAGACUUUGAGUCCCUCUACAAGGCUGCCGCCAGCGAAAUUCCCGGCUCUCCCAUCUUCAUCAUGAAGCUCGCCGGCAAUGCCAGACAUUUGGAAGUCCAGCUUCUCGCCGAUCAGUACGGCAACAACAUUUCCCUCUUUGGCCGUGACUGCUCCGUCCAGCGUCGCCAUCAAAAGAUUAUCGAAGAAGCUCCCGUCACCAUUGCCAACCCCAACACCUUCAAGGCCAUGGAGAACGCCGCCGUUCGUCUCGGAAAGCUCGUCGGCUACGUCUCAGCUGGUACCGUCGAGUACCUCUACUCUCACGCCGACGACAAAUUCUACUUCCUCGAGCUCAAUCCCCGUCUCCAGGUCGAACAUCCCACCACUGAAAUGGUUACCGGCGUCAACCUGCCCGCCGCUCAGCUCCAGAUUGCCAUGGGUCUGCCCCUUCACAGAAUUCGUGACAUUCGUCUACUCUACGGCGUCGACACAAAGGCCACCACUGAGAUUGACUUUAACUUUGAGAAUGAGGGCGCUGGCGAGAUCCAGCGUCGCCCCAAGCCUCGUGGCCACACCACGGCCUGCCGUAUCACCUCGGAAGACCCCGGUGAGGGCUUCAAACCUUCCAACGGUGUCCUGCACGAUCUCAACUUCCGUUCCUCCUCCAAUGUCUGGGGUUACUUCUCCGUUGGUACCCAGGGUGGUAUUCACUCCUUUUCCGACUCACAGUUUGGCCACAUUUUCGCUUACGGUGAGAACCGAGCUGCCUCAAGAAAGCACAUGGUUGUUGCCCUCAAAGAGCUGAGCAUUCGCGGUGACUUCAGAACCACCGUCGAGUACCUCAUCAAGCUGCUUGAGACGGAAGACUUUGAGGACAACACAAUUUCCACCGGCUGGCUUGACGAGCUCAUCUCCAAGCGCCUGACAGCUGAACGCCCUGACACCAUGCUCGCCGUCAUCUGUGGUGCCACCACCAAGGCUCACAUUGCCUCGGAGGCUUGCAUGGCCGAGUACCGCGCCGGUCUCGAAAAGGGUCAGGUUCCCUCCAAGGACAUUAUGCGCACCGUCUUCAACCUUGAUUUUAUCUACGAGGGCUUCCGCUACAAGUUUACUGCCACCCGCUCCAGCCCGGAUAGCUACAACUUGUUCAUCAAUGGCUCCAAAUGCUCUGUCGGUGUCCGUGCCCUCUCUGACGGCGGUCUCCUGAUUCUGCUUGACGGUCACUCCCACAACGUCUACUGGAAGGAAGAAGUUGGCGCCACGCGCCUGUCUGUUGACAGCAAGACGUGUCUCUUGGAGCAAGAAAACGACCCUACGCAGUUGCGCACCCCCAGUCCCGGCAAGCUUGUCAAGUACACGGUUGAGAACGGUGCUCACAUCAAAGCCGGCGCCACCUAUGCCGAAGUUGAGGUCAUGAAGAUGUACAUGCCCCUCGUCGCUCAGGAGGCCGGUAUUGUUCAGCUCAUGAAACAGCCUGGUACUACUCUCGAAGCUGGUGACAUCCUCGGUAUACUGGCCCUCGACGACCCCAGCCGCGUCAAGCAGGCCCAAAGCUUUGUUGACAAGCUGCCCACCUUGGGUGACCCCGUUGAUCUCGGUGCGAAACCCGCUCAGCGUUUCCAGCUUCUCCACAAUAUCAUCAAUAAUAUUCUGCUCGGUUAUGACAACUCGGUCGUUAUGCAGGCCACUCUCAAGGAGCUCAUCGAGGUCCUGCGCAACCCUGAGCUUCCGUACAGCGAGUGGAGCGCCCAGUUCUCUGCGUUGCACUCCAGAAUGCCCCAGAAGCUGGAUGCCCAAUUUACCCAGAUUGUCGAGCGUGCCAAGGCCCGCCAGACCGAGUUCCCUGCUCGCCCUCUUCAAAAGGCCUUUUCCAAGUUCCUCGAGGACAAUGUUGCCGCCUCCGAUGCUGACCUGCUCCGCGGCACCCUCGCCCCCCUGACGCUCAUUUUGGACAAUUAUGCCGACGGCCAAAAGGUCCGUGAGUUAAACUUCAUCCGCGGUCUGCUCGAGUCCUUUUGCGAAGUUGAGAGCCUCUUCCGCGGAAGCGGCCAGGAGGAAAACGUCAUUCUCCAGCUUCGCGAACAGAACAAGGACAACAUCAACAAGGUCGUCCAUAUUGCCCUCUCCCACAGCCGUGUCAGUGCCAAGGCGGCCCUCAUCCUGGCCAUCCUCGACGAGUACCGUCCCAACAAGCCCAACGUUGGCAAUGUUGGCAAGUACCUCCGCGAUACCCUUCGCAAGCUUACUGAGCUUAGCUCGCGCACUACUUCCAAGGUUUCUCUCAAGGCUCGUGAGAUUAUGAUUCAAUGCGCUCUGCCUUCACUCGAGGAGCGUACCUCGCAGAUGGAGCAUAUUCUUCGCUCCUCCGUCAUCGAGUCUCGCUACGGUGAAAGCGGCUGGGACCACCGUGAGCCUAACCUCGACGUCAUCAAGGAGGUUGUCGACUCCAAGUACACUGUAUUCGAUGUCCUCACUCUCUUCUUUGGCAACGAAGACCCUUGGGUGUCGGUCGCCUCGCUUGAAGUCUACAUUCGCCGCGCUUACCGCGCCUACAUCCUCAACAAGGUCAACUACCACUCUGACGACAGCGACAACCCUCUCUUUAUCUCUUGGGACUUUAAGCUCCGCAAGCUUGGUGAGGCCGAGUAUGGCCUGCCUAUCCAGUCCGCUGCUCCCUCUGCUCCUGGCACGCCUCUUGGCAACGAGUUAGGUAGUUCCAAGCGCGUUUACUCCAUUAGUGAUAUGUCCUACCUCGAUGCCAAGAUUGCCGACGAGCCUAGCCGUAUUGGCGUCAUUGUUCCUUGCAAGUACAUUGACGAGGCAGAUGACCUGCUGCAGAAGGCCCUCGAGGCGAUUGCUUACCAGCUCAAGCGGAACCGCCAGACUAACCCCUCUGGCCUCAUUGCGGACCUUAGUGGCAAGCGUAAACCUGUUCAGUCCUCUACUGCUCGCGGCACUACUGAUGACCUGAGCGCCGUUAUCAAUAUUGCAGUACGUGAUGCCGAAAGUCAGGAUGAUGAGGAAACACUCGCCCGAAUCCGUCCCAUCGUUGCCCAGUUCAAGGAAGAGCUCCUCGCCUGUGGUGUACGUCGCCUGACCUUCAUCUGCGGCCACAGUGACGGCUCGUACCCUGGCUACUACACUUUCCGUGGGCCUCACUACGAGGAAGAUGACAGCAUCCGUCACAGUGAGCCCGCUCUCGCUUUCCAGCUCGAGCUUUCUCGUCUGUCCAAGUUCAACAUCAAGCCCGUUUUUACCGAGAAUAAAAACAUUCAUGUGUACGAGGGUAUUGGCAAGGCUGCCGAUUCGGACAAGCGCUACUUUACUCGUGCUGUCAUCCGCCCCGGCCGUCUUCGUGAUGAGAUUCCCACGGCCGAAUAUCUCAUCUCUGAGGCUGACCGCGUGGUCAAUGACAUCUUCGACGCUCUCGAAAUCAUUGGCAGCAACAACACGGACAUGAACCACAUCUUCAUGAACUUUAGCCCGGUGUUCCAGCUUGCUCCCUCGCAAGUUGAACACAGCCUUCAGGGUUUCCUUGACCGCUUCGGCGCCCGUGGUUGGAGACUGCGUGUUUCCAACGUGGAAAUUCGCAUCAUCUGCACCGACCCCAAGACUGGUCUGCCCUACCCCCUGCGUAUUGGCAUCACCAACACCUCUGGCUACGUUGUUGACGUCGACCUGUACGCUGAGCGUAAAUCUGAAAAGGGCGAGUGGGUAUUCCAUAGCAUCGGUGGUACCAAGGAGAAGGGCCCCAUGCAUCUUCUGCCUGUCAACACUCCCUAUGCCACCAAGAACUGGGAUCAACCCAAGCGUUACAAGGCUCAUCUCAUUGGUACCCAGUACGUGUACGACUUUCCCGAGCUCUUCCGCCAGGCCAUCCAGAACAGCUGGGUCAAGGCUGUUAAAAGCCAGCCUGCUCUUGCUGCCCACCAGCCCAAGACGGGUAACUGCAUCUCAUUCACCGAGCUGGUUCUCGAUGACAAGGACAACCUGGAUGAAGUCAACCGUGAGCCCGGCACCAACAAGUGCGGCAUGGUUGGUUGGAUCAUCCGCGCUCGCACUCCCGAGUACCCCAGCGGCCGUCGCUUCAUUGUUGUCGCCAACGACAUUACCUUCCAGAUUGGUUCAUUCGGUCCUAAGGAAGAUAAUUUCUUCAACAAGUGCACUGAAUUGGCCCGCAAGCUGGGAAUUCCUCGCAUCUACCUGUCGGCCAACUCUGGUGCCCGUAUUGGUCUCGCUGACGAGCUGAUGCCUUAUUUCAAAGUUGCCUGGAACGAUGUCACCAAUCAGGACAAGGGAUUCCGUUAUCUGUAUCUUGACCAGGCUGGCAAGGAACGCUUCAAGAAUGACGUCAUCACUGAGGAGAUUUCCGAGGCUGGUGAGAAGCGCCACCGGAUAGUCACCAUUGUUGGUAAUGAGGAUGGCCUUGGUGUUGAGUGCCUGCGUGGCUCUGGCCUGAUUGCCGGUGCCACAAGCCGUGCUUAUAACGACAUCUUUACCGUGACCCUGGUUACUUGUCGCUCGGUUGGUAUCGGUGCUUACCUCGUCCGUCUUGGUCAGCGUGCUGUCCAAGUAGAGGGCCAGCCCAUCAUUCUCACUGGUGCCCCUGCACUGAACAAUCUGCUUGGUCGCGAGGUCUACACUUCCAACCUACAGCUUGGUGGCACCCAGAUCAUGUACCGCAACGGUGUUUCUCACAUGACUGCCAACGACGACUUUGAAGGUGUCUCGCGCAUCGUUGAGUGGAUGUCGUAUAUUCCCGAGAAGCGCAACGCUCCCAUCCCUGUCAGCCCUAGCACCGACACCUGGGACCGCGAUGUCGCUUACUCGCCUCCUCAGAAGCAGCCGUACGAUGUUCGCUGGAUGAUUGCUGGUAAGCAGGACGAGACUGGCUUCCAGGGCGGUCUCUUUGACAAAGACUCGUUCGUCGAGACUCUGGGAGGCUGGGCCCGCACCGUCGUCGUCGGUCGUGCUCGUAUCGGUGGCAUCCCGAUGGGUGUCAUUGCGGUCGAGACUCGCAGCGUCGAGAACACCACCCCCGCUGACCCCGCCAAUCCCGACUCUAUUGAACAGGUCAGCAACGAGGCAGGUGGUGUCUGGUAUCCCAACUCUGCAUUCAAGACUGCUCAGGCCAUCAACGACUUUAACAAUGGUGAGCAGCUGCCACUGAUGAUUCUCGCCAACUGGCGUGGAUUCUCUGGUGGUCAGCGCGACAUGUACAACGAGGUGCUCAAGUACGGUUCGUUCAUUGUUGACGCUCUCGUCAAGUAUGAGCAGCCCAUCUUUGUGUACAUUCCUCCUCACGGCGAGCUUCGUGGUGGUUCGUGGGUCGUCGUUGAUCCCACCAUUAACCCCACUGUUAUGGAGAUGUACGCUGAUGAAGAGGCGCGCGGUGGUGUGCUGGAGCCCGAGGGUAUCAUUGGUAUCAAGUAUCGUAAGGAUAAGCAACUUGAGACGAUGACGCGCUUGGACGAGACGUACGCGCAGCUAAAGAAGAACUUGGCGGACCCCAAUACGUCCAAGGAGGAGAAGGAGGAGAUCAAGACCAAAAUGGCCGCACGCGAGCGUCUGCUGCUCCCUGUGUACUCGCAGAUUGCCAUUCAAUUUGCCGAUCUUCACGACCGGGCGGGCCGCAUGAAGGCCAAGGGUGCAAUCCGCGAGGUGCUGGAGUGGUCCAACGCCCGCCGCUUCUUUUACUGGCGCGUGCGCCGCCGUCUCAGCGAGGAGUACAUGCUGCGCCACAUGGCCAGCACCAUGCUGACGGCUAAUCAGAAGGAGUCGGCGACCAAGACGAAUGCGGCACGCGAUCGCAACCUAAAUCUGCUCAAGAGCUGGUCGAAGAUUGAGAAGUGGGACAAGGACGACCAGGCGGUGGCAGAGUGGUACGAAAAGGAGCGCCGGACGAUUGGCGAGAAGGUUGAGGCGCUCAAGGCCGAGAAGCUAUCGGGUGAGCUGGCCGAGGUGGUGCGGCGCAACAAGGAGGCAGGUUUCAAGGGGAUCCGGGAGGUGCUCCGCGUGAUGCCUCUAGAGGAGCGUGAUGCUAUUCUCAAGUUUUUGAAGGAGUAA